UGAAAGUAGGUUGUGACGUCACAGCAUGAAGCUAUAAGUAUAUGUAACCGUUUGCUCCUCCGCAUUUUAGUGGAAAGUUAGGUAGUGGAAGUAGAACUCAAGUUCUUCGACGCGCAAUAAUCGACGCAGUGUGUUUGUGUUUUGAACUGUUUACAAUGGCAAGUGAGGCUGAAAGGUUAAUUGGUAUCUCUCUGACCAAAAUCGCACAGAGUAGAUCACAUCGUGGUGGCGUUAGUUUACAUAAAAAUUUACUUGUUGCUACUGUGUUGCAGAAAGCACGUUAUAUCUUUAUGGAAGAAGCUUAUAAUAUGGUGCACUAUCAGUCCGCUGCGCCUGUCAUUUCUCGCCCGAUUAUUGCCCAGGAGGAACUUGUUGGACUUACGGCUGAAGAAGCAGGUUUGGAAUCCAGUGCUUCCUCAGAGACCAUUCAGGAAUCGUCUUCUAGUGAUUUUUUACAACCUACUUGUGUUAAGUGCUCCGAAAAUCAGGACAAGGAGAAUCAUCCUCCUUAUACCCCCGAGUUAACCUAUUUUGACUUAGAUAAGAGUUCUAACGUGUUACGGGACCGUGCUAAUUCUCAAGUUUCGCACGCCGCUCUAAAGAGGCGGCGUGCUGUUGGUGAAUGGGAGACGGAGGAGGCCGUCCAGUCCAUUCUUCCCAAAAAGAGCAAACAGGAAGAUGACAGUGACGAUUCAGUGUUCCUAGACGACGCUACGUUGUUGUCUGAUUCAGUUAGCAAAGAAGUCAGUGCAAGUGCAGCAGAAAGACAACAAGAGUCUUCUACCGGUGGUUCUUCAAUGGAAAUCGACCGCAUUACGUCAUUAGUGUCCAUAUUUAGUUUUAGUAUGGGAGAUGGAAAGCUCAACAGGUCCAUGUCUACACCAGAUUUGUGUUCUACUCAAGCGAAAGACGCCCCAGACAGUUUACAACAAAGACAGUUUCUAGCCAUGACAGUGUAACUAGACUUAAAUUAUUGUGUUUUUUAGGCAAUUUUGAAAACUCGCAUCUGUUGUGUUUUAAAAAGAGAUCUCCCUAACAACGACUCAAUUUUCUUUGCAACUUUAAACAUUGUUUUGUUCUUAAAGUAAUAACUCCAGUAGCUAGUGACCAAAUUGUCAAUUAUAGACAGAAUAAUCCAAAUUGUUAAUCGUUGACUUUUUUUGACUUGUUGACUUUGGCUAUAAUAGGUAAUCUCAGAAUAACUGGAGUCUAUAUUCUGUUUUGUGAUAUUUAAUUUAUUUUCAAUUGGUAAGUUGUAAAGAAAAUUGUGCGAGGUAUUUAAAAUACCUGACCAUUGUGAUAGUGAGAUGAUUGUAUUUUUGUAAAAAUGACGUGAGACAAGGAUGUGACCAUGGAAAUUUAAAAUGUGUCUGUCGAACCAUCUGCUGUUUUGAAUACAUUCCAAUUUUAUUCGGUACCGGAUAUACAGAGGUUAAAUUUUCUACCUGAGCUCUUUGUGAGGGCGAUAGGGCAAGGGAUGGGGUGGAUUUAAAAAAUGUUUUAAAUGUCCAUGGUUACAGUUGUUUUGUAUAUAGAGAUUUUGUACUCUGUUUUAAGAGUAUUUUAUUCUUGUACAUAUUAAUAUUAUAUAUGGUACCUAUAUGUUUAAAAUAAAACAUUUUUAUUUAA